GCUAAAUGGCUAAGGUGACAGAGCGGACGUGUAAUUGGCUCAUCCACAUGUCAGUCAUUGUUUAGCCCCGCCCCCAGAUGGCUCCCGUCGAGUGACGAAAGCAAGAGAGCGCAGGUGCACAGGCUGGGAACUGCAUCCAAACCACACCAAAUAAACCUCCUUUUAAGAUGGCCUCAGCAAAUGAUGCUCGAUAUGGACAAAAAGAGUCUGCGGAUCAGAACUUUGACUACAUGUUUAAGAUCCUGAUCAUUGGUAACAGCAGCGUCGGCAAAACCAGUUUCCUGUUCCGCUAUGCUGAUGACUCCUUCACACCCGCUUUCGUCAGCACUGUCGGCAUAGACUUCAAAGUGAAGACCAUCUACAGGAACGACAAGAGGAUAAAGCUCCAAAUAUGGGACACUGCUGGGCAGGAGAGGUACAGGACUAUCACCACAGCAUACUAUCGUGGAGCGAUGGGCUUCAUUCUGAUGUAUGACAUCACCAACGAGGAUUCCUUUAAUGCCGUUCAGGACUGGUCCACACAGAUUAAGACGUAUUCGUGGGACAAUGCUCAAGUGCAGCUGGUGGGAAAUAAGUGUGACAUGGAAGACGAGAGAGUGGUUGCUUCCCAGAGAGGAAGACAGCUGUCUGAACAGCUAGGCUUUGAGUUCUUUGAGGCCAGUGCCAAGGACAACAUUAACGUGAAGCAGGCAUUUGAGCGACUGGUGGACAUAAUCUGUGAGAGGAUGACAGAGAAUCCAGAGUUAGCGGAGCCGUCCACUACAGGAAACAGGCAGGGCCCUCAGCUCAGUGAGCAGCCGCAGCGCUCCCACAAAGACUGUGCUUGCUAAGGGUCUCUCACAACCUCUCCACCAUUCCCAGUGGAUUCAACAAUGGACGCUCUAGGAAAGAAAGCUUUGGUAAGAGAAGAGCUGAUGGGAUGCAGCUGAGAACCUGUCCUCUCUCUGUCCCUUUUGUGAGAUUGACAUCAGUGCGUUUCUGUUUCUCUUAUAUUGAUAUCAGUAACCAAUGCUCCUCUCAUUUCUUAAGAAUUUGAAUAAUUUAAUAACUUUUUGACUUUGGGGUUAAACUAAUUCCAGCGUGAAAUUGGGUGAAUCACAUUUUGUUUUGGUACACUGUUGCUAAAUGUUCAUGAGCGUUUCUAAGGUAUGUUUUUGGAUUCAUCAAGUUCAAAUUAUCAACACAAAUAUCCUCAACACAUUGCCAGGAGAUAUUUUAUUAUUCCCUAAACAGAAAAGGAUACAUUGGGACCAGGUUGUUUUGUGGAAGCCAUCAGCAUAAAGGCUCAUCCCAAGAUGAAAUGUAUGAAUGAAUCAAUUGUUCAUCAGUACUGUUUCGCUCUUAAUUUUUUAAUUAAAGAGUGAAAAUGAAAUGCACACUAAUUAAUUUGCUCCCUAUUAUUUUUUAAAUAACAGCAGGUGUAUUUUGUAAAACAUAUAUUAUAUUAUAUAAGCAAAAAUGGUAUAUGAUGGUGAUGAUAGAUGUAAUUAGGAAAAAAUAAUUAUGAUGUUCUUAAUUGCUGCUUGUUUUGUAAUAUCAAGUGUAUUUUCAGUUACAUGUUCUGCUUUUACUCCGGUUCCUACAUACAGGUGGUCUCAAACUCCUCAUUUUACCAUAAAGGAAGUGUGUGAGUGUGUGUGCAUGUUAGUAUGUCAUCCUAGUAUUUUGUAGAUGUUUAGUUUUUACAAGCAUAGAUGAGAAUUACUGCUGUUUUACGGGCUGAAAACACAAUAAAAACUUUAAUGAAAAGAGAAACUAAAUCAAAGAAUAGCAGCUAAUGAGUUUCUGGACUAGACUGUAUUUUGAAAAGACUGUAAUAUUAAAACAAAAUGCAUUGUGAUUUGCUUGAAGUUCUCAUUUAGGCAUUAGAAAACGGAUACUAUAUGCACUAGAGUAUUAACAUAUGUAAAUGCACACAAUAAUGUUAAUUUUGUUAGGUAAUUAGGUAUGUUGAGUUACUGCAUUAUUUAUUGCUUAUUUAUUUAAAUGUGUUUUUUCGUUGGUGUAUGUGUUCUGUGUUAGAUUAAGAGGGCUUAUACUUAUAGAACAGUUUUUAAACACAAAAGGCAAUGAAGGUUUGUAAAAGUAUGUGUUGAUUUCCCCCUAUGCAAUUCAGAAGCUUUGUUAUACCAAAUAGUCACUGGAUAUGCAGGGAUAUUGUCUGUAUGGUAACUGAUGAUUUAUACCCUUCAUUUAAAACCUUUUUUACAGUCCAACAAAUAGCAAACCACUGGGAUUUCCUUUUUUAUACAGAGAAAUUUGACAAAAUAGUUUGCUUUUUAUGCAGAGUAAUCACUGUUAAAGUAGAAGCCAUAAAACUGAGUUUUGGUUUUGAUACUUUUUUUUUUGUUUUUUUGUAGUAGGCAUUUUGAGUAUUGUUUGUUUUGUAAUUGUACAGUAGUCAUUCAGUUCCAGCACUAUGACAUAUGUCAUUUUAAAAAUUUAAUUUUUUAAUUGAUAUACAUCAUGCUGUGUUUCACUCUGGGAGAUAAUGGUAAGAAUAAACCACUGUAUUAGCAAGUGAUACAAGCACGACACUGUCAUGAGUUCUGUGAGAAUCAAGUGACCACUUGCAUCCGUUUUUUGAGUUCAAUAAAAAGCUAUGUUUGAAAUC